ACAAGAGACCCACGUACAAGAGACCCACGUACAAGAGACCCACGUACAAGAGACUCACGGCAACUCAGAAGAGACUCACGGCCACGCACAAGAGACUCAAGGUCACUUACUAAAGACUCAUCACCAAGUACAAGAGAUGAAUGGUCACGUUCCUGAAAGUCACGGUAACAUUCCCAAUAGUCAUGCCAACGUUCACUUAAACGUUGACAAAAGUCAUGCCAACGUUCACGAAACGUAUGCCAACGUUCACGAAAGUCAUGGUAGCAUUCCCAAUAGUCAGGCAAACGUUCACGAAAGUCAUGCCAACGUUCACGGAAAGAUUCACGAAAGUCAGGCAAAUGUUCACGGAAACGUUCCUGAAAGUCAUGCAAUUGUUCACAAAAGUCAUGCCAACGUUCACAGAAACGUUCACGAGGGUCAGGCAAACGUUCACGAUGGUCAUGGAAACGGUCAUGAAAGUCAUGCCAACGUCCACGGAAACGUUCCUGAAAGUCAUGAAAACAUUCACGAAAGCCAUGUAAGUCAUGGCCACGUUCAAGAGAGUCACGGGCACAGAACAACGACUACAUCUUGGCAUGGGAUGAAAAGGAAGGAGGAGCAUCAAGUCUCCCACAACCCUAAGGGAAAUGUACAGGAGACUCAUGACCACAAAACAACAACCUCAUUUGGGCAUGCGGAGGAAAGGGAGGUGGAAGAAGCAAAAGCUGAUAAAAAAGUCCCUCACAAGGCUGAGGAACAUGAACAUCAGUCUCAUAGACGUGCACAUGAGUCUCAUGGACACAUGCAUGAGACCCAAGGACAUACACACAAGUCUCAUGAAUCAAUGCAGGAGUCUCAACGACACAUGCAUGAGGGACAUAGACCCUUACAUGAGAGUCAAGGAACAAUACAUGAGACCCAAGGACACACACACGAGACUCAUGGACACAUGAAUGAGGGACAUAGACCCAUACAUGAGAGUGAAGGAACCAUACAUGAGACCCAAGGACACACACACAAGUCUCAUGAACACACACGUGGGUCUCAUGAACCAAUGCAUGAGUCUCAUGGACACAUGAAUGUGGGACAUAGACCCAUACAUGAGGGUCAAGGAACAAUACAUGAGACCCAAGGACACACACACAAGACUCAAGGACACACACAUGACUCUCAUGGACAAAUAUAUCAUGGACAUAGACCCAUACAUGAGAGUGAAGGAACCAUACAUGAGACCCAAGGACAGAUACAUGAGCCCCAAGGGCACACACAAGGGUCUCAUGAACCAAUGCAUGAGUCUCAUGGACACAUGCAUCAGGCACAUAGACCCAUACAUGAGACCCAAGGACAGAUACAUGAGACUCAUGGACACUCACACGAGACUCAUGGACACCGAACCAAAAGCUCAUCUGUGCAUGGAGGAGAGCAGCAUGGAAAAGUUCACCACCGACCGCAUGAGAGACAGAAACACACUUCCGGGGGAGAAGAUGAAGACGGAGACGAGCAUGAAAGAGAAAAAAGGAAAGGUAGAAUUUGAACGUCUUUUGAGAUAGUGCAGUGAUUCAUUGCUGUUUUGGGACCCAAAAUUUAUCCUGAUGACAUUAUUAACUCACACAGUAUUGCAUUUAUAGCGCCAUUAAAUGGGGUGAUUUGAAUCAUUUGAGGGCCAGAGUGAACCAUCGUUUUCUUGGCUUGAUCUACAAACUGACAUUUGUAUUAAUCUCUUUCACUUUAGGCUUUUUUCCAAAAUAGUAAUUUUUUUACUAACCCAUUUUGAAUAACUUCAAGACAGACUAUUUGUAUGUUUGUGACUAUUAGGUUUCGGCCCAACUGUCAUGGAAAAGCAGUUCUCAGAGCACUUUAAGGACUCUUAGUCCAUAACGUGGUACAACAUUCGCAGCGCACCAUCUCCUUCUUGGAAGCUCGCAGGAUGACUUUUGGGUUCUGUGCUUCCGCCGCUCAGUAGAAUCUAGUGGGAACCCCCGUCCACCCGAUCCAUAUGACCUCUCUGAAGUAGUGGUGGCCCGGCUGUGUGAAGGUGUUUCGGCGAUCCGGAGAUUAAUUUUCAACUAAGAUUCCUUCAUUCUUCAAGGGCUCCUGAAACUCUUGAUCUCAGGAGAGCCGCAGGCCAGGCAUUUGUAUGGGAUCAUAUACGAUGAUUUCAG